CGCGUGGCUCCCGGGAGCUCCUCCCGCGCCCUCUGGCGGGAGGAAGCCGCAGUUCCGGGGGCGCACACGCGGCAGCCACAGACUCCCCCCCACAACCCCCCACCCCCUACCUGGGCCGCCCGCGGCCUCCCUCACCCCCCACCCACCCGGGGUGCGGACCCCAGCACGGAGGCCGCGGGCCCAGCGACCCCGCCGCGCGCGCCCCGCCCCGCGCCCUGCUCGGCCCUGCCCCCCGCGGCCGUUCCCGGGUGGCUCCGCCCGCGGCCCAAUUUCCAGGCGACUGUUUCCUGGCGACGGCGCGGGGCGGGGGCCCGCCUGCCCCUCACCUCCCCCAACACACACACACCGCGUCGCCCUCCAAGCCCCGCCUCUGGCUCGGGUGCGGGAGCUGGAGCCCGGGCGGGUCUGAGGCCGGGGGCGCAGCGCAGGCUCCGCCGGGUCCGCAGAGGCAGGGCCCGGCGCGCACGGUUGCCAGGGUCGGCGGCAGCCGGGGCACAGGCGACGUUCCCGCUCCGGGCCUCAGUUCCCGCGUCCGUAAAACGGGGUUGGGAACGGGGUUCGGGGCAGGAGCGCGCGUUACUCCCCGGCCUGGAGUGCGGACACAGGCGGCAGGGCCUAGGGGUCGCCGCGAUGGACUCGCUGGCCGCGCCCCAGGACCGCCUGGUGGAGCAGCUGCUGUCGCCGCGGACCCAGGCCCAGAGGCGGCUCAAGCUUGAGUCAGGUAGGGGACAGACGUGGGGCCACCCCAAGGAGCCCCAGAGAACCCUCACCCGCGCGCCCCUCCCCCAGGACGUUGACAAGCAGUACGUCGGCUUCGCCACCCUCCCCAACCAGGUGCACCGCAAGUCGGUGAAAAAGGGCUUCGACUUCACGCUCAUGGUGGCUGGUGAGUCUGGCCUGGGCAAGUCCACGCUGGUGCACAGCCUCUUUCUGACCGACCUGUACAAGGACCGCAAGCUGUUGAGUGCUGAGGAGCGCAUCAGCCAGACGGUGGAGAUCCUGAAGCACACGGUGGACAUCGAGGAGAAAGGAGUCAAGCUGAAGCUCACCAUCGUGGACACCCCGGGCUUCGGGGAUGCCGUCAACAACUCUGAGUGCUGGAAGCCCAUCACCGACUACGUGGAUCAGCAGUUUGAGCAGUACUUCCGCGACGAGAGCGGCCUCAACCGUAAGAAUAUCCAGGACAACCGCGUGCACUGCUGCCUGUACUUCAUCUCCCCCUUCGGGCACGGGCUGCGCCCGGUGGACGUGGGCUUCAUGAAGGCUUUGCACGAGAAGGUGAACAUCGUGCCGCUCAUCGCCAAGGCCGACUGUCUGGUCCCCAGCGAGAUCCGGAAACUGAAGGAGCGGAUCCGGGAGGAGAUCGACAAGUUCGGCAUCCGCGUGUACCAGUUCCCCGAGUGUGACUCGGAUGAGGACGAGGACUUCAAGCAGCAGGACCGGGAACUGAAGGAGAGCGCGCCCUUCGCCGUCAUCGGCAGCAACACAGUGGUGGAGGCCAAAGGCCAGAGGGUCCGGGGCCGACUCUACCCCUGGGGGAUCGUGGAGGUGGAGAACCAGGUGCACUGCGACUUCGUGAAGCUCCGCAACAUGCUCAUCCGCACGCACAUGCACGACCUCAAGGACGUGACGUGCGACGUGCACUACGAGAACUACCGCGCGCACUGCAUCCAGCAGAUGACCAGCAAACUGACCCAGGAUAGCCGCUUGGACAGCCCCAUCCCCAUCUUGCCGCUGCCCACCCCCGACGCCGAGACGGAGAAACUGAUCCGGAUGAAGGACGAGGAGCUGCGGCGCAUGCAGGAGAUGCUGCAGAAGAUGAAGCAGCAAAUGCAGGACCAGUGACCCCGCCCCGCCCCCCGGACCCCGGAGACUCCGCGCGGGUCUCGAACUGGCCCGGACCUGAACCCGAUCCCAGGGGGGCCUGGACCCGGAGCCGCGGGCCGCCACCCUCCGCCGAUCCUAAUUUAUUCUCAGCGUCCAUCCUUCCGCCCCCAUCGUGUGCAUUUGGUUCCCGGGGGCCUGGACAGUAGCCCCUGCCUCCCCCCACCCAGCCUGCCCCCUUUGGCCUUGGGAGCAGGAGCUGAGUCGGCUGUGACUUCUGAGAUCCCCCCUUCCCCCCCAGAAGGUGACAGCACCCAGACUGCGGGCUGUGCUUAGGCAGAAGGGGGAGCGGAUCCCCAGGGCCCUGGGCCUACUUCCUACCCCAGUGCCGCAGAGCGGACUUGGGAGCCCU